ACGCAAUCAUUUUCCCGACCAUUUGAUCCAUGUCGAAGUGGAGGUCCGCCGACGCCGCGAAGGAAGCGUUCACGGACGAGUCCAAGGAUGGAGCCGUUGUCAUCGACUACAAGGGUCAGAAGGGCAGGGCGGCGCAUGAGCGCAAGCUCUUAAAGAAGGAUGUAGACCCUGAUUCUGAAGGAGUCGUUGCGAAAAUCUCCACGCUCCAGCGAGGCAUCUUGAGCGAAAGCACGAUUUCUGCAGGCAAUGUGCAGCCCACGCGGCUGCGAGUCACAGGAACAAUGGACAGCGGCGUGUCAUUCGUGUAUGCCACGGGGCGACAAGUCUUCACAGCGCACGCGCCGAUUCGCUUGUCUGACGACGACCAGGCCAAAGUGACACUUGGAACCCAGGGCAUUAACAUCUCCAAUAUCGUCCAGAUGAAGCCACCGAAGUGUCAUCCGAUUGUCGAAGACGUGCUGCACACGGCCGAGAUUCAGUCGUUAGCCCACAAAGAGUCGCUGGUGGCUUCGGUGGAUGCUCGCGGCAUGGCCGUGCUGUACAGGUCAUCUAGCAGUGCAGUGGACGUGAUAAAGGAUGGCGCCAGCGGGGAAUCGUCGAGGAAGAAGCUCAAGUCGACUCCCACUAUGACUGGCCACGUCCUAAGUGGUGAUGGCGGCACGCCCGAGCUCGGGUGGGCUGGCAUAGCGUUCAACCCGCUGUCAAGUCAGCUUGCCACUGCGCAUAGCUUCACCAAAGCCGUUCGAUUCUACGACAGCCACACACUGCAAACAACUCGAGCGCACACGUCACUGCUCAUGCCGACGGCAUUGGCGUACUCGAACACAUCGACGCUUGUCGUGGCCGAAUACAACCAGAUGUCGGUGUGGGAAACCAAGUCCCAUCAACGCAUUGCUCGCGAAGGCCUGCCUUCCCUCGGCUGCGUCCAUGCUGUGGCAUGGUCGCCCGAUGGCAACUCGGUCGCGCUCGGCGGCGAAGACAAAGUUGCCUACAUCUACGACACACGCAAGUGGAAGCUUCGUGCUGUGUGGCGAUGUCCCUUAAAAUACGACGUGGCGUAUCUGGCGUUCUCGCCGACAGAUCCGUCGCUGUGCUACGUGGCUGGCCUCGACAACGAGCUCAUGGUGGGCAAGUUUGACGGGUCCGAGAAGAAGAAGAAGGACAAGCAUGCCAACGAGUACUCCCCGACGAUCCUCCAGAUGAACCACCGCCUCGGGUUUCGUGGGGACUCGCGUUGGGUUGGUCUCGACGUUGUGCAAGACAUCACCGGCGACGACUUGGCCAUCGGCGCGUGCGAGAGCGGCAGCGUGUACGCGAUCCACCCGGCCCAGCACAUGUUGGGCUAGCUGUAGCGUCGAUAUCGAGCGCAGGUUGAUUCAAAAGGACCAUGAUGCCCACGGGAAAUUGGACA